GAACGGCGCGGUGUCUGUCCUUUCCCGAUAAGCCCGGUGAUGUGCUCCAAUGGGAUUUAAGUUUAACCCGUCGUAUGAUACCUUAGGGCUUUGAUCCUUAUUUCCCCCUCCCUCCUGAAUUCCUGUCCAAAAUCCAAGAAUCAUAACCCUAAUCCUUAUAACCCCAAUUCCCAAUCAUAUAUAAUUUACCAAUUUCUUGGAAUUUAAAGUGGAAGUAAGCGCAGGCAGAAAGCAUUGUUUCUGAGCAUUUUUACAGGGCUUUGGAGUUGGGAAAGUUGGGAGAUAAGGAAGCAACUCCACUGGAAUUUCGGAUUAUGACAAGCUGAGAAUUUCCAAGUUUCAAUUUAGAGGGAGGGAGGGAGAGGAGCUCAAGGCAUCACAGUUCUGGAUUUGUGUUCUUUGUCGUCGUAUAAGAGACUCAGUUACAUAUGGCUGCUGAGGUCUGAGCAAGUACACAGGCUUUGGUUUUUGCUUUUGAAAGCACUGCAAAGAGCUUCAGAAGAACACCCUACCCCCCCACCCCACCCCCUCUUCGUCUUUCUGACCUUUCUUUCUCUCUGCUAUAGAACGUGAUAUCUCUCUCUCUCUCUCCUUUUCUUCUCUUUAUAUGUAUAUGUUUUGUAUGUAUAUGUCACUACAAGAGCCAAAGUAGUCUGUGUAAUCGUCAUCAAUGCAAAGGACGGUACAGUCUUCCCCACAUCCACCACCCAACUGCACCGCACACCCACCCACAGUUUUCUCUCUCUCUUUCUUCCAAAUAUCAAAACCCUAAUUUUACAAAUUAUUAUUCAGAUUCCUUUUAAAUUUUCCACCUCUUUUACGUACCUUCUCCUCCCCCCCCCCCCCUCCCCCCCCCCCCCCCCUCUCCAAGCAUAGACAAGAAAGGAAAAGAGCUGCUGAAAGGGGCUUGAGAAACGGCAUGAAAGCGGUGGUAUGGAGGUAGAUGAGAUUCAAUGUAAGUUCCCAAGAAUCAGCAAUGGUAACGGAAGACUCGACUCAACUAAGUUAGGCCACAGUCAAAAAAUGGAUGACCAGUAUCAGGAUGAAGAAGAAGAAGGAGAGAACAAAAAGGGUCCCACCAACGGCGGAGUACGUGGUGGAGGCGUUGAUCUUGGUGGUGGUGUAGGUAGGUUUUACGGCUGGCCUUCGUCUCGUAUUGUUAGGGUUUCGCGAGCAUCCGGUGGGAAAGAUAGGCACAGCAAAGUUCUGACAUCCAAGGGGCUAAGAGACCGACGGGUGAGGCUCUCGGUGAACACCGCUAUCCAAUUCUAUGAUCUGCAAGAUCGUUUAGGGUACGAUCAGCCGAGCAAGGCGGUAGAGUGGCUGCUGAAGGCGGCGGCCAGCUCUAUUGCGGAGCUGCCACCGAUGAGUAAUCCAUUCCCCGACACCCCUAAGCAGCUGAGCGAUGAGAAGAGAUCGAGCACCGGGGGGAGUGAUCAUCUCGGGUUUGACUCAGCUGAAGUGAAUAUGGAUGGUGGUGGUGCGGAUCCCAAUUACUCCCACCAGCAGGUUACAAAAUCUUCCGCUUGUAGUAGUACUUCUGAAACUAGUAAGGGCUCGGGGCUUUCGCUUUCCAGAUCUGAAAGCAGGAUCAAAGCCAGGGAGCGUGCUAAGGAAAGGGUAGCGGAGAAGGAGAAGGAGAAAGAGAACGACUCUUCUCAUGUUGCUUCUUUGAACCCUAUUUCUCAAACUACUUCUUUCACUGAGCUCUUGAGUGGAGGUAUUAACAAUGUCAAUAAUAGCCACCACAACACCACUACUAGUCCUAACAGCUCAGUUCAUCAAAACCCCAACAGUAGUGGUGGUACCACAAAUGAGUCAAAUUUCUUCCUAAAAUCUCCCAGGCAGUGGUCCUCUACUCCUAUGGAUUACUUUACUUCUGGGCUUUUAGGGCCACCGGCAGCUCGUCCUGGGCAAAUGCAAUUGGCAAACCCAUUUGCACCGGCGGCUUCGCCACUGUUUAGUGUGACGGGGGAACACCAGCCGGAGCUCCAGCACUUCUCCUUUGUCCCAGACCACUUUGUCCCAGUUGUCAAUGCUGCUGCCGGAGGGAACGGAAGCAGCAACAAUAACCAUCAUAAUGGCAGCAGUGAGUACAACCUGAACUUCACAAUCUCUUCUUCUGCUAAUUCAUCUGGCCUUGCUGGCUUUAAUAGGGGGACCCUUCAGUCCAAUUCUUCUUCGCCGUCUCUGUUGCCUCACCUCCAGAGGUUUCCUGACGGAUCUCCUCCAAGUUUCUUCAUUGGCACCGCAGCGUCUGUGGAGAACCACCACCAGUUCCUCUCUGGAUACGACGCCCGCUUGCAGCUCUGCUACGGCGAUGCCCAUGCUAAUAAUGGCGGCAGGCACUCCGGCCAGAAAGGAAAAGGAAAAAACUGAGUUCAUUUAAGAGCUUCUUCCUUCGAAACCACUUCUUCGUUCCUGGUAACUGAAGAUGUGAAGUAGCAGCAGUGCCUGAGCAAAACAUUGCGUUUCUUCACCUGCCCUUUUAUGCUUUUUGUCGUGCGUCAGAGUUUCUUAUUACUUAUGAUUCAAGUAAUUUUACGAGCACUCUUCUUAAUUUGCUUGGGGUUUAUUAUAAACUGUGGGAGCCGGCAGGCGGUCAUGUGUGUUUGAUGAGAGAUAUUGUGUGAUUGAUUGAGAUGUUCAAUUUAUGCCCGUCCAAUUCUUGUUCUGCUCUGCACAACUGUUGAUAUAAUUGAGUCAAGAGAACCUUUGUGAUUAAACUGGAUGGAUGAAGCUGAAUCACAUUCUAAGUUUGUGCUACUAACCGUAGUACACAACAGUACUACUUUCUCAUAAUUUCUUCAGCUGUAUUUUCA